UCGGCCUGUAAAUUUGCAAAGCCGUGGACAGGCGAGCACUGCGGAAUUCUGAGGGUAGUUCCAAGUGCCACAUGAGCCUACAUGCCAUGAACGAGUUGCCUCAUCAUCCUAAAUGACAUUACGAAUGACAAUGUCAACUGGAGGCAAAGAAUCACCCGCUGAAGGAGAAGUCGAAGAAGAGAUUUUUAUCUUGGUGAAGCCUCGUCCUAUAUGUGGAACAUUCGAAGACAAGUGCAGUCGAGAAGGUUCAACGACUUACUCGGCAAAUACCGUGAUCCCGUCAGGCGCAAUUAUGAAAUGUCGGUAUUGGAUUUCC